UAUACAGCACAGCACCACCCCAUCACCAUCUCAUACACACAGUCCACCACUGCACUAAGCUUUUGCUCUAUCACUGUACCACAGCGUAACUGGAGGAAGUACACUCCACACUACAUAGCACACACCUAGCUCUACUCCCAGCAAAGCAUUGGGAGCAGAGAUGGGCAGUGUUGCAAGGAGGCGGUGAGGGGGUCGAUGCGGGAGCAGACGACGGCCAUGCCGUGCCGCGACGACGACGACGACGCGCUCCUCCUGUGCGGCGAGGACGCGGGCGAGCUGCUGGAGCGCGGCGGCGACUCGGGGCGACCCUGCUGGGCCGGGGACACCACCGGCUUCCGUGAGCAGCAGCUGGUGCCCGAGGAGUGCUGCUACCCCGAGGUGUCCGCCGUCACCUGGGGUGCCGCGUGCUCGCCGGUGGCGGGAUGUCCCGGCAGGCCGAGGAGCGACGACGACCGGCCGGCCGGCUGGGCGGAGUCCGUGUCCUGGAUCCUCAAGGCCCGGUCGUACCACGGCUUCCAGCCGGCGACGGCCUACCUCGCCGUGAGCUACAUGGACAGGUUCCUGUCCUCCAGUAGGCUGCCGAAUUAUGGAUGGGCGUUUCAGUUGCUAUCUGUGGCCUGCUUGUCUCUGGCUGCCAAGAUGGAGGAAAUCUCAGUACCUCCCCUCCUGGAGCUUCAGAUUGAGAGCACAAGGUGCAUUUUUGAACCGCGGACGGUUCAAAGGAUGGAGCUCUUCGUCCUAGUCAAGCUAGAUUGGAGGCUCCGGUCACUUACGCCUUUUGCGUUCAUUGAUCUCUUUGCUUGCAAGGCAGAUUCGUCAGGAAGGUGCACAAGAAAUUUGGUCUUGAGAGCAUGCAAAAUUACUCUCGAUGCAAUCCAUGAAGCCGAGUUCCUGAACCACUGCCCUGCAUCAAUGGCGGCAGCCGCCGUGCUGAGCGCAGUAACUGAGAUACCAGGCAUGCCAUGCAUCAGCAUCAGCCCUGAAACAGCAGCUUCAUGGUGCACUGGCCUGACUGAGGAAGAGAUUAGAAGUUGCUACCAGCUACUGCAGCAGCUAGUACCAAUGGCCACCACGACAAGGAGGAAAAUACCUGCAUCGGAGCUGCUGAGGUCAACGCCUUCGUCGGUAAGCUCGGCUUCACCAAGCAAAAGGCGCAAGAUUAAUGGCCGCUUCGGAGAGGAGUGAAAAUAAUUCAAUUCUUUGCUGCCCCCCAGUGUUAAUCCCCAAUUACCUGUUACUAGAUGAGUUUGUUCCUCUUUUUUCCUCCCUUGUUGCUGUUGUGCUUAAGUCCUAAGUGGCUAAAAUAAAUAUAUUUUUUGUAGUUUAUUCAGCAAAAAAGGAACAUAUAUAUUUGGAUAUAAAUGUGGGGGACUACAUAAAGAAAGCACCUGCUGCAUGAUGAAUUCAGGGGGACCAUAUGAGCAACAACAACAACUAGUGCAUUCCUUUCAGGAAAGUGAUGCAAAAGUGAAGCAAGCGCUGCGUUCAGUUUGAUACUUUUAGACUAGAAAUUGUGGGUGGUCUUCAGGACUGGUCAAGUUAGGUGCCACUAUCAGAGCAAAUGAGCAAUAGCAUAUACUUCCUGUUUGUCUCUUGCAAAGCUGCGCGGUGAGGUUCUGUUUAGGUAAACCUAAUUAGCACUAUUUUGCUGCAUCACUUGAGUAUACUAGGAUUUUUCGCAAUCCAUAUAUAAGACCAUAACAGCAUGGUCUGUUUGUGUUGGUUAUACCUGUGCCAUAAUGGCACACUAGCAGUAGUAUGCUUGUUUUAGUGGUUUAACGUGUCUAAUAUAUUGAUGAAUUUACUCCAGUAUUGAUCAAUGUAAAAUAAACUCUAAACUUUCA